AAUAAAGUCUUUGUCCGAAAAAAGGGAAAAAAAAAAAAGCAGCAAGAUUUAUACGAGAGUACCGCUCGUAGAUCUGCGCCUGGUAUUCCAGUUUGGGACGCACCAGCCCGCUCACUUCCAUACACCGAUUGUCUCCUCGACCAAAGUAAAACUAGAAAGCCCUCCCCCCUUGUCCGUAUUUUUCCUCUGUUUUCUCUUCGAUAUCUCACCUUCUAUUCGUCCGGAAGUGGAGUGGAUCCCAGCUUUCAAGCGCUCCCUCCCUCAGGAGUUAGAAUCGGACGGUAUGCCGUGGGUGUCGUGGACGGCCAACUACUAUGGGAAAUGCUGGAGCAGGUGGAUAUUGAUCAUCGGGGGUUCUCUGUUUUCCGAAUUUUGAACAUAUCGGUUUCAGGAAGUUAGAAUGUACGUUGGCGUCAACCUGAAGAUAAAUCGGACAGUGAAGAAGGCUGGAGACGUCAUAAUGAGCGUUAGAAUGAUCGCAUAUUAUCAAUUGAUGCAAGUUUGCCAGGCUGAAUACUUCCGCCAGUUGCUUAAGCCUGUCACGUAGAUUGAACUCCUAGUUUGAACAUAAGUUGAUCUGCAGCUCGUGAGCACCAGCCUUUUUUCUUUUUUUUUUGGCUUCAUUACUUGAUCCAUCACAAAGAACUCUCUGACGAAAUCAAAUCAAGAAGAGAUCGGCCUCAUGCAAGAUAAACUCUUCCUUGUUGUUAGACUCAGAUAGCUACUCUGGCUGAGUUGUUUGAUUAAAGAAUUUCACCAUUUCCAACUUAAUACCAUCAGAUCGUUCUUACCAACAGCAGUUAAAUCCGGCCAAGGUUAAAUUCAGGGUAGAUCAUUCUGAUUAACAGCAUCGUAGUUGUUCGACAAGAUUUGGUAGGGACCUAUGCAGAGAGAUUCGAGAUUAUUUUCUAAGAAGGCCUCCCAAUCUCGUGGUUAUGAAGUGGGCAGUCAUGCUCUUGAGUCCUCUGCAGGUGCUUGCUAUGCUGAUGGUGCCACAGCGGUCCCUUCCUCUGGCCAAGCUCUGACAGGCAUGAAGCAUCAUGAGUUUCCUGGGCCGCUUAAUGGAGUUGAGUUCCAACCCUCUGAAACGUGUCCUAAGAACUUUGUCAUCUUUGACCAGACAUGUAACAAAAGCCGGGUCAUGUUCCACCCUUCCUUGGCCCACAAUUUUGGCUCUUCGAGCUUUGGUAUCGAUGGAGGUCAUGCCCAUGAAGCUGGCAAAAGUAUCAACAAAGAUAAUGGCAGCAAGGGAGAAUAUCACUCUCCUUACACAGAGGACACAGAAGACAUCGAUGCAUUGCUGAGUUCAGAAGAGGAAGAAGAUGAUGAUGAUGUGGUCAGCACCGGGCGGACUCCGGGCAAUUGGGGAGGCACUUCUUUUUCAGAUGGAAUGAAAUGUACCAAGUUCAAUUCUACUAAUGCCAGCAGCAGCAAGACUAAAAAGGAGAAAAUGAAGAAGAUGGUUAGAACACUUCGGGGAAUCAUACCCGGUGGUAGAGACCAAAUGGAUACACCUGCUGUUCUUGAUGAAGCUGUUAAGUACUUGAAAUCCCUCAACGUGGAAGUGAAGAAGCUUGGAGUGCAGAAUUUUGACAGCUGAGAUGGCACGCAUUUGUGGUAAUCUCACUAACAGGAAAUGGAAAAUCCUCUAAAAGCAUAAACUCUCAUGAUGCUGUAUGUGGGUUGUGUGUGUUCUUUAUGCCCCACAUAUACUGUGGCUUUAUGCUUCAUGAUGAGAGCAUGGGAGGAAGCUUUAUGUGCCUAUUGGAUGGGGAUAUGGAACGGGUGGAAAUCUGCGCACCUUCUCUUUUGUGCUGGGUCUUGGUAUCGCACAGGCGGUUUGGGUGCUUUUUGUGUGGUUUUGUACUUAUAAGGCUAUGCCUUUUCUCCUCUUGCCCCCCCCCCCCUCUUUCAUAGUAUGGUGGGCAAUGCUUAUAUGAUGUUAUUAUUCUGUAUGAUUCUCUAUUAUGUCGGCCAAACCACUUUCUUUAACCUUUAAGACCACAUCUUUUUAGCAGCCAAUCUACUAUAUGAAAUUCCCAACUCUAGUUA